AUGAACGACGUAGAUGUUGCAGAAACAGAAGCCAGAAUCAACGCAUAUGAAGUAGAAAAUAAGGAUAGUAUAGCAGCAAAUCAAGCAAGAUCAGUAAAUGAAAAUCGAUUCCAAUCAUACCAAGAAGAAUUAGAGAAACAAGAAAAGGAACAUCGAAGGGAAGAAUAUAUGCAACAACUUGAAAAUGAAAGACGACAAAAAGAACAAGAAAAAUCGGAUUUGAUCAAAGAAUUGGCAUCGACCAACAAAUCAGCACAAGCUAUCAUGGCCACACGACAAUCUGCCGCACUCAAACGAUCUUCAGCAUUACGACAACAAACAGAUUCACCACAAAAUAUAUCAUCACCACGACUUGCCAUGCCAACAUGGAUUACAUCCGCCAUGGAGACUGAUUCCGAUGCUAGAUAUACAGAAGCUCAAAACUUUGAUCCUUUUGAUUUACAAUAUCGAUAUCCUUCUGGCUUUACAUUACGAACAGAUUAUACUGAUCCAUCGACAGAUUACCUUGUAAAUAACAAGAUGGCCCGAGCUGGGGGUUAUUCUGCCAGAUUUGCUCAUCAACGUGCACUGAAUGAUGCAUUCACUGGAUUGGCCUGUCUUACCGUACAAGAUCACUAA